UCCUUAGUCAACCAGCUGCAGUUUGGACGUUUACGUGGAACCAGUGUUUCAGCGCCGCUCCUUAAAGAACUGAAAAAGUCAGAGAUGGAAGGAAUCUAUGCAAAUGUGGAGGUGACAGAAUCUGACCACUGCAGACCUCUGCCUCCUCAGACAGCUCCCCAGGGCUCAAAGACGGGUUUUUAUGGAGCUCUUGUCUUUCUGGGACUGAUCUGUGCUUCCUUAUUGAUUGGAGUCAUCGUCCUUGGUGUCUGCUACACUAAGUCCAUACGUGGCUCGGCUGCAGAACUGUCCUCUGUCAAAGCCAACCUGACUGAAAUUCUCCAGACCAGUCAUGACCAAAUAUCCAACCUGACGGAGGACAGAGACCGGCUCAAUGCCAGGCUCAUCAGAGUGACUCAGGAGCUGGAGAGGCUGCAGAAUCUGUCCAAAACAAGUGGACCGUGUGUUGCAGGAUGGAAGGCGUUUGAAGACAGUUGUUACUGGUUUUCAAAUGAGAAAAGAAACUGGGAAGCAGCCAGACAGGACUGCAGAAACAGAGGAGCAGAUCUGGUGAUCAUAAAAAGUGAAGAUGAACAGAACUUCAUCUCAAGGUUCAAGCAGGAUUAUUGGAUUGGUUUGAACGACCUGGAAAAGGAGGGAACCUGGAAAUGGGUUGAUGGAUCUCCGGUCACUCUAACGUUCUGGGCUGUAGGGCAGCCUGACAACGGUAAUAAUGAUCCACAGUGGGGUGAGGAGGACUGUGCACAUGUCACUGGUUCAGGCCAGUGGAAUGAUCGGUCGUGUUCCUACCCUUUCCACUGGAUCUGUGAGAAACUAAUCAUUUUACAAAUUCUGUAAGAUCAUAUUCAAUUAUACCUUACUCAUAUCUUAUUUAAACUGAUCAAUUAAUCCUCAUGCCUCCCUAAAAAAAAACAACCUCUGGUGACCCUCGUGGGCAAAAAUGUACAUGCACAUGAAAACUACUAUAAAAUCAUCGUACGUCAACAUUUUUUUCUUCCUUUUUUUCUCAGUUCUUUUUCUAAAUCUCUUAAACAACUUUCUCUGUGACCAAAACUACUAAACAUUCAACAGUUUUCAGGAUUUUAAUCCUUUAAAUGUCUAAUCGGUCUUCACUAGUGUUUGUGAACUAGCUGUACAGAUAGCUAACAGGGGCUUGACUAAUCUGAAUGACAAAUCGCAUGGAAUAACAAAUGACCACUGGUUAGGGUUAGAGGUUAGGGGUUGGGGGUUGUGGUUAGGUCAUUCGUUAUUCCAUGCCAUUUGUCAUUCAGAUUAGGAAGGCCUGCUAACACUUCUUUGAAGAAAAACACCCAGGAAGCUUCUUGCUGUUUUGGAUAUUUACUUGAUGACUGUAAAACUGUACAUACAAAAACAAAAUGUAUGUUACAAUCAUGUAUACUUACAGUUUUUUAUGAGCAAAAAACAAAUGUAG